CAAAAUGAAAUCAAAAUGCGAAAAAAGGGAAAAUCCUGUGCCGGAACUGAGACCCAAAAUUCAGCCAGAAUUUAUAAGAUGGGCGGAAUACGAAACUGCCCCAUUCGUAAGGCUCUGCUUGACUGCUUGCAUGAUCAACACUUAGCUUAAAGCCCCUAAACUCGCAGUACUGAGUUGUUAGCACUCUUGGCCAUUUCCUCUGGUCAUUCAAUUCCCCUCUAGGGCUUUAUAUGGUGUCAGUUUUAGUGAAAUUCUGCAAGAGCCUUCUGGGGUUCUUUCUGGGGUUCUGAGCUGAAAAUGACUUCCUUUGAGGGAGACCUCGAGGAGCAGCUUAAGGAGGCUGGGAAUGAGCUCAUUAACCCUCCUUCCUCCAUUGAUGAGCUCCUCAAUCUUCUUGAUAAAGUUGAGAAUUUGUUAGCAAACGUGGAACAAGCGCCGUCAGAAUCUAUGAAAGAUGCACUUUUACCCUCGAUGAAGGCACUGAUCACUGUUGAGCUUUUGAGGCAUUCUGAAAUGGACGUGAAGGUUUCAGUUGCAUCUUGCAUUACCGAGAUUACAAGGAUAACAGCGCCAGAUGCCCCUUACAAUGACGAGCAAAUGAAGGAAAUCUUUCAGCUGACUGUUGCAGCAUUUGAAAAUUUGUCUCAUGCGUCCACUCGCUGUUAUACAAAGACGAUUUCAAUUCUUGAGACUGUUGCAAGGGUCAGGUCAUGCUUGGUGAUGCUGGACCUUGAAUGUGAUACAUUGAUUGUUGAAAUGUUUCAAAAUUUCUUAAAACGCACCAGGUCCAACCAUCCACUCUCUAUAUUUUCAGCCAUGGAAACAAUUAUGACCAUGGUCAUAGAGGAAAGCGAAGAAAUUUCCUUAGAUCUUCUCAUUCCACUCCUAUCUAGUGUAAAAAAGGAAAAUCAGACUGAUUCGCCUAUUGCAUGGCAAUUGGGAGAGAAAGUUAUUACUAAUUGUGCUGUUAAGCUUAAACAUUAUCUUAAGGAAACAGUGCAGUCUAUGGGUAUUGCUUUGGAUGACUAUUCUCAAAUUGUCACUUCUAUAUGCCAAAGUGGACCCAACCUCCUCGAACAUGAACAAGUCAAUGGCUACAGGGAGCAUUCGGCCCAUGAGAAUAAGUUAGGGAAACAGCCAGGAUCAAGUGAGCCACCCCAGGUGAUCAAGGGUCUUGCUCCAGAUACUGUGUGCUGUACCAAAAUUGGCCAAUCUGUGGAUAGUAAUUUGAAGUCAAUGAUGAGUAAUUUCGCUAAGAAUGAUAAUAAUUUCAAAAAAGAAAAAAUUUCAAAAUCAUUACAGCGUCUUCUUACUAGACAUUCCAAAAGCAUCAGUGCAAGAAGCAAUGCUGAACCUGGCAGCGUAGACUCUAAGAAGACAACCAAAUCAGAAAUUCAGCGAGUCUCUCUUCCAAAGAAAAGGGGUAGGAAACCGAAUUUUGUAAUGAAUCCUGAGGAAGGCUACGACCAUAUUUUGAUUUCUACAGGAAGAAAAACUACAAAUGUGCAUCGCAGAAAGUCUCAUGAUGGGGGAGUUGAUGAUUCACCUUCUGAAAACCUAGAUCCAGGGAAGGUCACUUCAUCACUUGAAGAUGUGACUGAACUUUCUGAUUUUCAACCUAAAAUUAACAAGAUAGUGAUUGCUGCUGCACCAUUCACAGAUCAUUCGCUUCCUGAUGCCAACCAGCCUAAAAGGGACCGGCCAAAGAAAAAAGGGAACACGGUUAAUCAAGAUGCCAACCCUAAUUCCCUAUCAAGGUCAAAGGGAAGGUUUUUGAAUUCUCGGGUUGGGGAGAAAGCACCACAAUCUGCAGAUCUCAGUUUGAAAAAGGAAUCUGAAGUUUUGCAUAACUCUAACACAAAGCCACAGGGACACACGAGAAAGAUUAGAAUUGCUACAAAGACCAAAGAAGAGACAACUCUGGCUCUUGGAUAUGUAGUGUCGGAGAAGGAAGUUGCUGUCCCUUAUGUUCCCGAGGAGAAACUGGUUUCGCGGCCAUCAGCUAUGAAUAGUAGGUCAUCAAUCCGAAUGUUUAUCAAGAAAAGAAAGAGGGAUAAUGCUACUUAUGAAAAAGAUAAUACUGAAGCAUCUAAUAGAAAGACGAUUUCUAAGUCUGCAAGUAAGUCAACCAAUAGAGAUGCCAGUUGCUUGGAAGAAACCUCAAAAACAAAACUCAGGAGGAAGCAUACUGCCACAAAGGAAAAGUCUUCUAAAAAGUCUGAUCUUGGUGAGCGAUUGGUUGGUAGCAGUAUAAAAGUUUGGUGGCCGUUGGACAAGAUGUUCUAUGAAGGUGUUGUAAAUUUUUAUGAUCCUGUGAAAAAGAAGCACCAGGUGUUAUAUGCUGAUGGAGAUGAAGAAAUCUUAAACCUCAAAAAGGAACGCUGGGAACUAGUUGGGGAUAAUGUUUUGCGAGGAGGCCAAGGGACUGAUCUUCCAGAACUAUAUGCUUCUUGUGAUCUAUCUCUCAUAUAUAUAUAUAUCUCUGGGUUGUGCAUUUUGAGCAGACUUGAAAAGAGUAAAGGGAAAGUAAAGUCGCAGUCAGCCAAACGACAAAAGGUUGAUGCUUCUUCAAAAAGGAUUCAAGCUUCGGAUGGUAUAUUCAAAGUCGUCAAACCUACAAAAUCUGUGGAUGACCCUUCAAAGGCAGAUGAUGGUCAUAAAAAAUUUACUGGCAAGUUGAGGAUUGAGAAGCUAAAGGCCGGUACCAGAUUGAAACAGAACAUGCCUAAGACCAUAACGUUGCCCAAGGGAUUCCUCUAAGUUACAGGUAAAUAUUAGAAAGUGGCCAAAGAAAUGGAGGUAGUUAUUUGACCUGUUUUAGACAAGGGUAUGUAUAGAGUGAGUAGUGACACGAGCUCGAAGGCUUAUAAUUUUGAGUUUAGCCAGAGGGUAAGAAUAGUUAUAGUCUCUUUUUGUUUUGUUUCUAAUGUAAUUGCAGAAGUAAGCAUGGGGAUGGUUUUUGCAUUCAAAUGCUGGGUUAUGCAUUUGAACUCGACUACAACUUGUUCAAGUCAUUUCCCCGAUCUGGGUUCGGCUCAUCUCCAGUUAGAAAUUCUCAAGUUUGCUCCAAA